AUGUCUGGUGAUGCACCUCCGGCGUAUGGAACUCUCUCGUCUGCGCCAGAAUCUAUCUUUAAGUUUGGGCAGCGACACGAAGCAUCGACCGACUCAUAUAGAGCGGGCGAAAACUUUACCAGAGAACAUCCACCUCAACAGUUGCUGCCACCAGAUGAACAAGUACAGUCCAUUAUCAGUCAAGGAGGAGCACCUGCGUAUCAAUUCGUAUCUGAAAAUUCUCGAUUAGUGACGAUCUCGGAGAAAGGGCGAGUGGUGCAGUUCAAUAAGAAAGAAGAUACUGUAGUGCAGACGAAUUAUCCAUUGUUUGUUCCGCGAGUUCAGGCAGAUUCUGUUGAUACUGGAGAUGCGAGCGUUGCGCCGGCAGAAAGCACGGUAAUACAGAUGCCUGAUUCAGAAGCGACAAUCGCAAAUAAAAAGGACAAGUCUUUACAGAAAUCGAUUGGGAAUUCUGAAGCACGAUUAUUACACUACUUUGAGAUUACCGUGCUAUCGAACGCAAAUCCAAAAGAUACAACAAUAGCAAUAGGUCUAGCCACGAAACCCUAUCCAUCGUUCAGAUUGCCUGGCUGGAAUCUUUACUCGGUCGGAUACCACUCUGAUGAUGGACACAAGUUCAAUGACGCCUUUGGAGGCCGUAAUUAUGGUCCUGUAUGGGGUCAAGUUGGUGAUACUAUCGGAUGCGGAUAUUAUCCCGAUCUCGGAUACGUGUUCUUUACGAAAAAUGGAAAAAAUCUUGGGACUGCGUUUACUGGGAUGCGGUAUAUUUGGUUUCCGGCAAUCGGUGCGGAUGGGCCAUGCAAGUUACAAGUCAACUUUGGUGAUGGAGAGCUGCCGUUUAGGUAUCCUGAGGCGAGAGGAUUUGGACCUGCUGGACCUAUUCAGUUGGAGAAAUGA